AUGGCAACCCAGGAAAACCUCCCUUCUGUCACUUCCCCAUCUCUCAUCCUCACCAACCCCACCACCUCGGAGAGAGAGCGUGUAUGGAAAAGCACUCAUCUUCAAUGGGGUGCAGCCCUGAAAUUGGAGGACUAUAUCGCCCGAGAAUACAACAAUAUCAAUGCACCUCUUGGUCGGAAUGGUGGUGUGACGAGCUGGAUUCUGACUGAUGGGAAUCUGAAGCCUGACGAAAGGCCCAUUCUCUCAUGCUGCGAGACUUACAAAAAGAGAGCUCUUGUAUCUGAUACAGAUGACAACGGAAAAGUGAGAGAUGGAACUGCGCACGGUGUUGCUAGUGUCUUCACGAGCCCCGAGUAUCGAAAGAGGGGAUAUGGCAAGAAGAUGAUGUCUCUCCUCGCGGAUGAAUUUCGAAGCAGACAAGAGAAGAAUAAAGGAGACGCCGACUUCUCUGUCCUAUGGUCUGACGUUGGCCCAGACUUCUACGGAGGUAUUGGAUGGAAGGCUUUUAGGAGCACACAUCUCGAGUUCCCUGUCAAGGACACGCUGCCCCCAGCCGAUCCCGCUGUAAAGCCUCUCACUUUGGACGAUAUCCUGGAGCUUACGGCCCGGGACGAGGAGAUCAUCCGAAACAAAGUCGCAUCAUCAACCUCUGCUGCCAGUGCCGCUAUUAUCCCUGAUAAAGAAACCAUUGGGUGGCAUAUGAGCCGCGUGGACUUUAUGUGCAACCGCAUAUUCUCUCGCACGCCUACCAUUCGAGGUGUUCUGUAUACCCCACCUGGGGCCCCCAACUCGAGAAUCUGGGCAAGCUGGACUUGCAGCUUCUAUGGUGGGGUUGAUGAGCCUUCGAAGAACAUUGUCCGUAUUCUUCGUCUUACAAUUGAAGAUGAGAGCAUUUCAGACGAGGCUCUUGCCAAAGGUAUUGAGGCCAUCUCCGGUUUUGCCCAGAAAGAGGCCAAGGAGUGGUUGUGCUCCAAAGUAGAGCUCUGGAACCCUGAGGAGCGUAUCAAGCGAGUCACAGAAAGCAUCCAGUCAUUGGGUGUUAAAUUCGUCGUCAAAGACUACGAGCACCUUGCAAGCUUGAACUGGUUCGGAAAGGACCAUAACCAAGAGGUCGACUGGAUUGCAAACGAGCGUUUUGGUUGGUGCUAG